GAAGGGAACUAGGAGUACGGUGACACCUGCUGGUCUGCACGGAGCGGAUGGGUCUAUUUAAACGCGCCGCUGUCACUUCCCAUCGUUCACACCCACACUCUCUCCCAGGAUCAGGAACAAACCACUGCCCCGGAGAAAAAAAGAGUCUCAGCUGCGGGAUGUGGCAGACACAACUGUUGGUCUCUGUGCUCCUCUCCAUCCAGACACACUGCACUUCUGGGAAAUUUUCUUUCUUCGGACCAACGUUCAGAAGCAACAAAGCUUUUGUUCCGCCAGUGGUAGAUACUGACCCCGGGGAACCGCUUUUCCUCACUCCAUACCUGGAAUCUGGACAAAUUGAAAAAGCCAGAGAGCUGAGUUUGGUGGGACCUCUAGGUGGGCCAGUUGUGAAGAGCUACUCAGGAUAUUUGACGGUGAAUAAGACCUGUAACAGCAACCUUUUCUUCUGGUUUUUCCCUGCACAGACAAGACCUGAACAUGCCCCUGUGUUGCUGUGGCUUCAAGGAGGCCCUGGAGGUUCCUCAAUGUUUGGCCUUUUCGUUGAACAUGGGCCUUAUGUUGUGACUAAAAAUGAGACCUUGGAAGCCCGGAGGUUCUCAUGGACAUCCAAGUAUUCAAUGCUAUACAUCGACAACCCCGUUGGCACUGGUUUCAGCUUUACUGACAAGACAGAUGGUUAUGCACGGAAUGAAGGUGACGUUGGAAGGGACCUGUACAGUGCCCUUAUCCAGUUUUUUCAGAUAUUCAAUGAAUAUCAGAAGAAUGAUUUCUAUGCUACAGGAGAGUCCUACGCUGGGAAGUAUGUGCCUGCAAUUGGUCACUAUAUUCAUAUUAACAACCCAACUGCCAAAGUAAAGAUCAACUUCAAGGGAAUAGCCAUUGGAGAUGGGCUCUGCGAUCCUGAAGUAAUGAUAGGUGGUUAUGCGGAGUUCAUGUAUCAGAUCGGGAUUGUCGAUGAGAGUCAAAAGCGGUACAUUCAGCAGCAAGCAGACAUAGCUACACGUUACAUCCAGAAGAAGAAAUGGGUGGAAGCCUUUGAUGUUUUUGAUGCCAUGUUGAAUGGUGACCUGAUUGAAUAUCCAUCCUUUUUUGAGAAUGUCACCGGAUGUUCCAACUACUUCAACUUCCUCCAGUGUACGGAGCCAAUGGAUCAAGAUUACUUUACCACUUUCCUGUCACGGCCAGAAGUGAGGAAAUCCAUUCAUGUGGGAAAUCUGACCUUCCACGAUGGUCAAGAGGUGGAACAGCAUCUGAUGGAAGAUAUCAUGCAAUCUGUGAAGCCAUGGGUGACCGAAUUAAUGGAUAAUUACAGGGUGUUGAUAUACAGCGGCCAGCUUGAUAUAAUUGUGGCAGCUCCAUUAACCGAGCGUUUCCUGCUCACAGUGCCUUGGUCCAAAGCUGAGGAGUACAAAAAGGCAGAUAGACAUUUCUGGUUUGUUAAUCCCAGUGACACAGAAGUGGCCGGCUAUGUUCGAAAAGUUGGGGAAUUUUAUCAGGUUAUUAUUCGAAAUGGAGGACACAUGCUGCCAUAUGAUCAACCUGAACGUGCAUUUGACAUGAUUGACCGCUUCGUGUCGAGAAAAGGAUUUUCCCUAUGAACAAUGUUGUGGAGUGAAUUCUGUGGAGCAGGGUGGGGAGGGAAUAAUGAGAUAAUUAAGAACAAACAUUCUUUUUGCAGUGGGAUGAGGACUUUUUGAGCCACUUGUCAAGAGACACAAGAUGUGAAUGGAAAAGUAACUGUUUUGUAUUAUGGAUUUAUGACCUGUAAACCAUUUCCUAUUCCCUUGUGUCAAAUAUUAACAAGCUCUUAUGCCUUAUCACCAGAUGUGUUAAAAAUGUCAAUGAAUAGUUUCUCAAUGGGAAUAAAAAUUAAGUUGACUUUGAGUAAACUAAUUACAAAUUCACAAGGAAGUGUGUUUUUUUAACUUUAUAUACAAGGAUGUUUCUCAUUUGGAGAAAGCUCCUCAUUUACGAGUCAGUCACAUUAACCCGUGACCUGCCAAAACUGCUCAUUAUUCUGUUUAAUUGUGAAGCAAAAGAGGUGGUCAAACUGUGCAAAUACAAAAAAAACAGAAGUAAUAAAAAUA